AUUUUUCUUUUAUUUUUUAAAUUUUGUAUUUAAUUCUGGAAUAUUUUUACGACCACGAUACUAUGUGAAAUUGACGCCGUUCUAAAUCAACCUCACUGAAAUGAAACUGAAACCUAUCGGGACACAAACACGAAUCUUGGAACGCACGAUCAGUUUGACACUGUGAGCUUGGGUCUUGUAUUCUUGAGAAAUGGCCACCACACUGAUGACAGAUGCUUAUGAAGUGACCCAGACCGUCCCUCUGGUGAGUCCAGAGCCUGUCCAGUGUCCAGGUGAGAAGAAAAACAAGAAGAUAAAAGUACCUGAAGUACCCUACAUGACCAGGAUGUUCCUGAAGGGAGAGCCUGUAGCAUUAGGGACUGUGCAGAUCAUGAUUGGGAUCAUAAUGAUGGCUAUGGGGGCAAUUACCUGGUUCACACAAAUUCUGUAUAGUGAGAUCUCUCUGGGGCUUGGACUAUCAUUUAUCUUCUCUGGAUCUGUAACUUUGGGUGCACACAAGGGAACCUAUCCUCCACUUAUUAAAAGUGCACUUGCACUGAACAUCAUCAGUGCUCUGCUGGCCAUGUCUGGUAUCUGCUAUUUCUGCUUUGCAUUUACCGUCCAACCUGAUUUGAAAACCUGUAACACUUCAGAAUACGACCACACAUACCAUGAAUGCGAAUAUAAAGUUGAGAGUCUGCAGGAAUUAAUACAUGGAAUAAAGGGCAUCCUGUUGAUUUUGUGCGUGUUGGAGCUGUGUGUGUGUACAACAACUAUCGUCUUUUCCUGCAAGGCUAAAGCCUUUGGGAACAAAAUGGGGAAAUGCAGCAGCCAUGCAGCUCUGCUAAACAUACAAGAGGCUUGAGUGAACCCAAAGUAUGAAAGCACUUCAUGGUUUGAAGUAUAGUAGCUUAGAAAUGUACUUGCACCUUUUUGCACACUAAUGUAAGAAUCCCAAAUACAAUAAACUGAUAACACUAUAACACAAGUUUCAUGUAUUCUGCUUUUGAUAUUUCACAAUUUUCUAUAACCUUUGAAACUGCCUGCAGUUAUUCUGCAUGGAUGUAUUUUUCAAUAAAUCCACAUGUGCAUCA